GUGUGGGGCAUAGAGGGGGGGUGUCACCCGGCCACAGUGUGUCUCCCCUUUCUUCUCAUGGCCUGCCUUGAAUGACAGCCAGCGGGGCUGGGCCCCUUCCCACACCUGGGGAAAGCAAAGUGUCCCUGUGUGCUCCCCUCACCCCGGCUGGAUCACCAUGGGGGAGACAAAGGUUAUCUACCACCUGGAUGAACAGGAGACCCCCUAUUUGGUCAAGCUGCCUGUGCCCUCUGAGCGGGUGACUCUGGCGGAUUUUAAGGGGGUGCUGAACAAACCCAACUACAAGUUCUUCUUCAAGUCUAUGGACGAUGACUUUGGGGUGGUUAAAGAAGAGAUCUCUGAUGACAAUGCAAAGCUGCCCUGUUUCAAUGGAAGAGUUGUUUGUUGGCUUGUAUCUGCCGACGGCUCGCAAUCUGAUGCUGGCUCCGUCUGUGCUGAUCUUCAAUCUGACUUGCCUCCACCAAUUGAAAGGACCGGAGGAAUUGGAGAUUCUCGUCCUCCGUCAUUUCAUCCAAAUACACGAGGCAGCCAAGAAAAUCUGGACAAUGACACUGAGACAGAUUCUGUUGUAUCUGCACAGCGAGACAGACCGAGAAGAAAGGAGGCUUCAGAACAUGCUCCCAGGCUAAAUGGUACAGCAAAGACGGAGAGGCGCAGGGACACGGGGGGGUAUGAAAGCUCAUCCACCCUUAUGAGCAGCGAGCUGGACACAACUAGCUUCAUUGACUCUGAUGAGGAUGAUUCCACCAGCAGGUUUAGUAACUCCACAGAACAGAGCAGUGCAUCUCGCCUAAUGAGGAGGCACAAAAGGCGCAGAAGGAAAACAAAAGCCCCCCGUAUUGAGAGGUCGUCGUCCUUCAGCAGCAUCACAGAUUCAACUAUGUCACUGAACAUAAUUACAGUCACUCUCAAUAUGGAAAAAUACAACUUUCUGGGCAUCAGCAUCGUUGGACAAAGUAAUGAACGUGGGGAUGGGGGAAUCUACAUUGGGUCAAUCAUGAAGGGAGGAGCUGUGGCUGCUGAUGGAAGAAUUGAGCCAGGAGAUAUGUUACUGCAGGUCAAUGACAUUAAUUUUGAGAACAUGACCAAUGAUGAUGCAGUCAGAGUCCUUAGAGAGAUUGUUCACAAACCUGGGCCAAUUACACUUACUGUUGCCAAAUGCUGGGAUCCUUCUCCACGUGGUUGCUUUACUUUGCCCAGAAGUGAACCAAUUCGACCUAUUGAUCCAGCGGCUUGGAUUUCGCACACAGCAGCAAUGACCGGCACUUACCCAGCCUAUGGAAUAAGUCCAUCUAUGAGUACAAUCACGUCAACCAGUUCUUCAAUUACAAGCUCUAUCCCAGAAACUGAGCGUUUUGAUGACUUCCAUUUAUCCAUACAUAGUGAUAUGGUAACUAUUGUAAAAGCUAUGAGCUCUCCAGAAUCUGGCCUUGAAGUACGGGAUAGGAUGUGGCUUAAGAUAACCAUUCCCAAUGCUUUUAUUGGUUCUGAUGUGGUAGACUGGCUUUAUAACCAUGUGGAAGGCUUCACGGAUCGGCGGGAAGCGCGGAAAUAUGCUAGCAACCUCCUUAAAGCCGGAUACAUUCGCCACACUGUCAAUAAAAUCACUUUCUCUGAGCAGUGCUACUAUAUUUUUGGAGAUCUUUGCGGCAACAUGGCAAACCUCUCCCUCAAUGACCAUGAUGGGUCUAGUGGAACAUCUGAUCAGGACACACUUGCUCCUCUACCGCACCCAGGAGCUGCUCCAUGGCCAAUGGCAUUUCAGUACCAGUAUCCAUUGCCUCAUCCCUACAGCCCACAUCCAGGUUUCCCAGAUCCUGGUUACACCUAUGGUGGUGGUAGUGCUGGCAGCCAACACAGUGAAGGUAGUAGAAGUAGUGGUUCCAACCGCAGUAGUACAGAAAAAAGAAAAGACAAAGACACAAAGGCUGGAGAAACGAAAUCUGGAGGGAGUGGAAGUGAAUCAGACCACACUACACGGAGCAGUAUGCGCCGAGAAAGAGCAGCAAGUGAACGUUCAGUGCCAGCUAGUGAACAUAGCCACAGGAGCCACCACUCCAUUGCACACAGCAUCCGGAGCCACCACACACACCAAUCUUAUGGUCCCCCAGGUGUACCCCCACUCUAUGGCCCUCCAAUGAUGAUGAUGCCGGCACCUCCCCCAAUGAUGGGGCCACCAGGAGCCCCACCCAGCCGUGAUUUAGCCUCCGUCCCACCUGAACUCACCGCUAGUAGACAGUCUUUCCGCAUGGCCAUGGGCAACCCUACAGCCAAGAAUUCGGGGGUCUUUGACUUUCUCUGAGCUAUCUGCCAGGGAAAGUGCAUGAUCCUCAGUCGGAGGGUAUCCCUUCGCAUCUCAUGGCGUCAUUGUGUAGAGGAGAAAAGUCUGUUCAAAAGAAGAUAUUGCUUUUUAAGUAGAAGACGACUGAUGGGAACGAAGCACCACAAGCCUUAUACAUUUACAACAAUGAAUGUGUCUUCUUAUGUUUUUUUUUUUUUUUUUUUUUUAGUCCAGUUCGAGUGCCAUGAAUUUUCAUAUAAACUGAUAUUGAACCAGCCACAUACACUUUAAUUCUAUUAUAGAUCUGCUCUCACAGCUCCUUUUUUGAUUUUA